GAGGCUGUUUCUUUACUCUCCCUGGCAGGCUCUCCUGCUGCCUGGGAAAGUGGGUUACAGAGGGAAGGAGCUCAGCCCAGACGCUGGCAGAGAAGCAGCCAGCUACAGAGUCUAAGGAAGCACCCCUGCCAUUGACAGUCGCCUCCUCAUCAUUAAAGCAUUUUAUAUUUGCACUCUUCCUUCGGAAAAUUUGUUCCUCCACUUUCUCCCCGACUCCUGCUUGGAUUUGAUGAGGGCUUUGUUAAAUCCCAGAGGGGAAAGAGACUGAGCGAGGGAAAGAGCGAGGCAAAGUGGAAGGGAGUGCGCGCUGGACCCGCCCGAGCAGCCUUGGCAGUGGCUGCGAGCCCCGCGCGCUAGAGCCCCUCUCCGUGGCCAGCAGCGCGCACACGCGAGUCCACCGCGGACCAACUCGCCGAGGCCACCAUGGUCGGGAGAGUUCAGCCCGAUCGGAAACAGUUGCCGCUGGUCCUACUGAGACUGCUCUGCCUUCUUCCCACAGGACUGCCCGUUCGCAGCGUGGAUUUUAACCGAGGCACGGACAACAUCACCGUGAGACAGGGGGACACAGCCAUCCUCAGGUGUGUGGUAGAAGACAAGAACUCAAAAGUGGCCUGGUUGAACCGCUCUGGCAUCAUCUUCGCUGGACACGACAAGUGGUCUCUGGACCCUCGGGUUGAGCUGGAGAAGCGCCAUGCUCUGGAAUACAGCCUCCGAAUUCAGAAGGUGGAUGUCUAUGAUGAAGGAUCCUACACAUGCUCAGUUCAGACACAGCAUGAGCCCAAGACCUCCCAAGUUUACUUGAUCGUACAAGUUCCACCAAAGAUCUCCAACAUCUCCUCGGAUGUCACUGUGAAUGAGGGCAGCAAUGUAACCCUGGUCUGCAUGGCCAAUGGGCGCCCUGAACCUGUUAUCACCUGGAGACACCUUACACCACUUGGAAGAGAAUUUGAAGGAGAAGAAGAAUAUCUGGAGAUCCUAGGCAUCACCAGGGAACAGUCAGGCAAAUACGAGUGCAAGGCUGCCAAUGAGGUCUCCUCGGCGGAUGUCAAACAAGUCAAGGUCACUGUGAACUAUCCACCCACUAUCACGGAGUCCAAGAGCAAUGAAGCCACCACAGGACGACAAGCUUCCCUCAAAUGUGAGGCGUCAGCGGUGCCUGCACCUGACUUUGAGUGGUACCGAGAUGACACCAGGAUAAACAGUGCCAAUGGCCUUGAGAUUAAGAGCACUGAGGGCCAGUCUUCCCUGACGGUGACCAAUGUCACUGAGGAACACUAUGGCAACUAUACCUGUGUGGCUGCCAACAAGCUCGGCGUCACCAAUGCCAGCCUAGUCCUUUUCAAGCGUGUUUUACCCACAGUCCCCCACCCCAUUCAAGAAAUUGGCACCACCGUGCACUUCAAGCCAAAAGGACCCGGGUCGGUGAGAGGAAUCAACGGAUCCGUCAGUCUGGCCGUACCACUGUGGCUGCUGGCAGCGUCCCUGUUCUGCCUUCUCAGCAAAUGUUAAUAGAAUAAAAAUUUAAAAAUAAUUACAAAAACACACAAAAAUGCGUCACACAGAUACAGAGAGAGAGAGAGUGCAAGAUGGGGGGGAGACUUUUGUUUCACAAGAUUGUGUGUUUAUAAAUGAAGGGGGAAUAUGAAAAAGGAAGAAAAUACAACACUAAAAACAGUUUUAAGAUCCUUCAAUAAAAAUCUGAGUAUAAUUUAGGGUGGGAAAGCUUCUCCCAGAAUAUGUGUCUAUCUUCUAAGCAAAUGACUGCUGUGUAAAGAUUCCAUCAUGCUAAGGACAUCUGAUGUUGUACAAAUGAGACUAUUCAAGAAGUACCAGACGGAUAUUAACUCCCCCCACACUUUAUCCUUCCUUCAUCCAUUUUCACCUGUGGGGAAAAAGAAGGUCUUGCCUUUGGUGUUUAUAUUUCCAUAAUCUUUUUUUUUUCUGUUUUUCAUUUGAGCUGAUGCGUCGCCAUUUUGGACUAUCAACGGAAACCUGUGUUGAGCCUUUCUCAGGCUCCCCUGCCUGGAUCAUCUUAACUUUUAAGAACGUCCCUUUUCCCCAUCCAGUGUGUUCUAUCCCCUCAGCACACCCAUUCCAAAUAUCCCCCUUUUCUCUACCCCCACCUCCCUUUGCCCCAGCAACCCAGAACACUAGUCACGCCGCCAACUCUAGGAAGUACCAUUUUCAUCCUCUCCACUGUGCGCGUGUGCUCAAGUCUCUCGCUCUCACGUAGAUGUACGUGUGUGUGAGUGUGUAUGUGUCUUUCUCUAAAGCAUGCCAGGGGAAUGGUCCAUGUGUACAUAGACCCACUGUGCUGUAGAUACUGUCCUGCAUUGUAGUUGUGAGGUGCGGCUGUCACAAGUUGCUGGGGGAGACGGGCUGGGUGGGAGGCCAGGAGCAGAAUUCCUCCCCCUUUCAUGGCUGUCACAUGACAUCAGUGUGCAUUCAAAACCAAGCUGUGCUCCUUCUGAGGGCAGGACCCCAUACCCCUCCUGGUCUCAUUUUCAGAACCCAGCUGGGAGUCACUCAGAAUAUCACUGUACAUGAAAGUGCCUACUAUCAAUGGGGUGAGCAGACAGGGAACAGACCCGUGGCCUGGAUAAUAUAACCUAAGGGAGGAAGAUGGUCUCUGAUUUCACUCUUAGUGUGCAAGCCUGGAGUAUCCAUCAGUUUCAUAGCUUUAUGAAGGCUGAGCCCCACUGCAGAAAGGAGCCGUGUAUAAUGAACAAACCUCCAGAAACAAGUGGUUAUCCAAAUGGUAACCCCUCCCCCACCAAGGGAAGAGGAGCCCAAGGUGACCCUAAGCAGGCCUGCUUUGCCCCUUCACUAAUCUUCAAGUAACACCGCAUUUGCUCCAUAAUGCCCUUAAUUGGAGAUUGUUGAUCCAAUAAAAUAUUGUGAAUGAGACGUAAAAUAGACAGAUGCCCGAGUCUUCUGUUGAGGCUGCUAAAAGUAUUGGUCAUCACAAAAUAGGAAAUCCAGGCUUUGUUCUCCUUUGCAGAUUCUUAUCCUUGAGUUCAAGGCUGACGCUUUAUGGGCUUCCUGCAGCACUGCUGAUGCCUGUGGCACCAUUGCCCAUAGAGGCCAGUCAAUACCCAAAGCCAGGCCACCGGGGCUCUGAUUACCCUCACCUCCCUUACUCUGUUUAGACUUACAUCUGUGAGAGUCCUCUUCACUCUAACGCUGAAAGCUGAGCAAUGUGGGAUGAGUCCAAGCAGAAGUAUGAACAUUCCAAAGCCCUACAUCAUCAUAUCGCCAACAGGGUUGGCCUAGGGGAGGUCUUACAGGAAGGCUGCCUCUCUGCAUGUGGGUUAUCUUUGCUAGGAAACCAGCCGCUGCUUUCCCUUAAAACUGUAUAGAAGCAUCCAAAGUGUUUCACCUUGGGAAAGGAUGAAGGGUUAUUGCUGAGGUCAUAAUGUGAUGUUAUCUCACAGAGUCAUGGCACAUCAAGUUGUCUAACCUUUGAAAUAGCUGUCACAUGAUGCACAAUGAAGGGAAAGAGGGAAGAAUAGGAAGAAAAAGAGGAAGG